UACUGGCCGUAUACGUGUUAUACUUCGAUGCACUGUGCACCGUUUGAUGUCGUGCGUUACUGCGAUCCUGGUUGAACCCCACUCCGGGAUAGACCAAACGGGAUAGACUCGAGUUUUACUUUCGUUCGAAGCAUCAUUCUCAGUUCAGGUUUACCGCUGCGCGUUCUCGCGCACACCGCUCUCGCGUGUGCGGCUCUUGUGAAAUCGUUCGAGGCAGAUGAAUGCCACCGUGUAUUAAGUAUUCUUCCCGGAGUGAUCCCUACAUUACGAAGAUAUCGCGCGCAUAAUCUCCAGAAAGAUGUUGAUCCCUGCUCAAAGCACCGCCGUCGGUGGCUUGCUCAUCUUUCUACCGCGAUUCCUCACUUUAAUGAUACUCGCUGGAGCUACGACCUUGCCACCCAGGAUGCUGCACGAUCUGGAUAAGCGCACGAAUCUUUCUAUGGAGAGAUACAGCCAGGCGGAACGAGCAAUCCUGAACUCGCAGACACAUCUCAAUCAAGGAUCGCCGUCUUGGUUCCUCGGCGCAUCCCACGAGAUGACCGAGGGCGCACAAAAUCUGUCGAGAAAGGCCUUGCGAAUAGAGACAAUGGCGGUGAUGCUUGUAGAGGCGUUCAAUAUGUCAUCGAAACAGGCAUCCUUGGUAUUGCCGACGGUAGCCGCCAUCCUCUGCCCGGACUCGUCUAGUUUUCUACGAAUAAUAUCCGAAUGCAAGAAGAUAGAUGUCCGAUACAGAACACACACGGGUCGAUGCAACAAUCCCUUGCAUCCGACUUGGGGAGCAGCAUUGGAGGCUUACGUAAGAUUUUUACCGCCAGAGUACGAAGACGGUGUCUCCUUACCCCGCACGAAAUUGCCGAGCGCGAGAGAAGUCUCCUCGAAGGUACAUGCCGGCGGAUUGGAUCUUAAGCAUCCUUAUUUGAUGGCGCUUACUGCGCUUUUCAGCCAAUUUCUUGCUCACGAUUUGGCGCAUACGCCUAGGAUGGAAUUACCAGACGGCGCCAGGCUCAAGUGUUGCGACGUUGAUUACGAAAAUUUUCAUCCGGAAUGCUUCCCGAUCCGCGCAGAGCAGCCAAUUGGAUGUAUGGAAUAUUCAAGAUCGGCACCACAUCCAGGAAAUUCGUUACAGGGUUGCAAGUUGGGUCCGCGACAACAAAUCAACCAGGCAACCUCUUAUUUGGAUUUAUCACCACUUUAUGGUAGUUCCGAAGAAACAGCUAAGGCCCUACGAUCAGGCAAGGAUGGUUUGCUAAAUACACAAAGAAAGAACUUGCCCAUGGCUUCGCCAAAAUAUGAAAGUUGUAGAAGCGCAAAUAAAGCGUUUCCAUGUUUCUUUACCGGCGAUUCAAGAGUAAAUGAGAAUCCAGGUCUUACCUUGAUGCACGUAUUAUUUUUACGGGAGCAUAACCGAGUGGCUAUAGAAUUAAAACGUUUGAAUCCUCAUUGGAACGACGAGAAACUAUAUCAAGAAACAAGAAGGAUUGUCAUAGCCGAAUUGCAACAUAUCACUUAUAACGAGUUUCUGCCUGUUAUUCUCGGAGAACGUACUCUUGACAAAUACGGCUUGCGCUUGACACAGCGGGACUACUUCCGCGGCUAUGAUAUUCGCGCGGACGCGACGCUCUCGAAUUCGGCGGCAUCGGCCGGGCUCUUCUUCGUUGCCGCGCUGACCCCGAAAACCCUGGACUUGGUCGACUCACGAUCGGCACUGAAGUCUGGCGAAAGGACCUUAUUGUCAGCCUUCUAUGCGCCGCAGGAGUUCUACGAGGCUGGCGCGAUCGAUCGGCUGAUCGUAGGCGCUACAGCGGGACAUUCUAGGAAGCCUUUGCCUCCGGGCUUGAACGAAAUACUCCUGGACCGAUACUUCCACGAUGGAAAGACCAGCGAUGUGGCCGUGGAUUACGCCGCACAGAUUAUACAACAAGGAAGAGAUCACGGCUUACCGUCUUAUGUCAGAUGGCGAAGCUUCUGCGAUUUGCCAGAUCUCAUCGACUUUCAGGAUCUUAGAGGCACAGUGACCAAAGAUACUAUCGAGAGACUUCGAGCAGUCUACAAAAGCGUAGAGGAUAUAGAUCUGGUAACUGGAGCACUUUCAGAAGCACCAAUAGCCGAUUCUGUUCUUGGACCUACAUUCCUUUGCUUAUUAGGACGAAUGUUUCGAAAUAUUCGUUUAGGUGACAGAUAUUGGUACGAAAAUGGAAAUACUCCUGGUUCAUUCACAAUAAAGCAGUUGGAAGAGAUACGAAAAAGUUCAAUGGCGCAAAUUUUAUGUCACAAUGGAGAUAGGUUGCAGUGGAUGCAACCAAGAGCUUUUAUUUUAAAAGAUCCUUUCCUGAAUGAUAUGACAAAUUGUACGUUUUAUACAAACGGAGUUAUGGAUUUUGCAGCUUGGAAAGAAAGGACAGAUAUGGUUUAAUUUGAAUCUGAUAUUCGAUCGUCGAAUUUUAACUUUGCUCACAUUAAAUAAUAUUGUUCCUGAUUGUAUUAGAGAUCGUAUGUCUGAAAUCAGCGAUAUUCUAAUGGCUAUUUUUAUAAUUUGAAAAUUCCGUUAUUAUCACAAAAUAAUUAAUAAUUAGAAAUUUGUAUUCUUAAUGUGGUAUCAGAUUUGAUUAAUAUGAUUUUAUUAAGUAAAAUUUUAUUAAGUGAAUACUAGUAGCAAUUGAAAAUACAAAAAGAAUUUGUAAUUGUCGAUUCCAUUGUUUAGAGAAAUCUGAUUACAAUGGUAAUGUGCGUCGAUAGUUUUAAUACCUCAUGUAACAAAAGAAGAACUGUUCAUAAUGAUCUCCAUCUCAUUUUUAAUACGCACAUUUGUUAAUACACAUUUUGUUGUACUAUAAUUAUAUAAUUUUAUUAUAAAUAUUGUUACUGCGCGCAGUUUUGAGUUAUCUAAACUUUAAGAUUACGAAUGCUUUUGGAUAUGUUCAGAUUAUAAUAUUUAGUAUGCUCAAUUUCUAAUGAAACUUGUAAUUUGAAAUCGAGUAUACGCUACGUGUGAAGUAUUUUACUUUAAUUAGUAAUAACGAUGGGGUAAUAUACAUGAAAGAUGUAUAGAUUUUAUAUAUAAUUCGAUCGAUCGAAUCAAGCAUUUUCUGUAGUGCAUAUCUUAUUCGAAUGAAUCAGUCUCAGGAUUUUAGCUUAUUUUAACUUUGAUAUGUAUUGCUGUAAUACAUACAUGUUAUUGCUACUCUAAAUAAAAUAAUUUAACAUUA